CUCACUGCAUUCCUUUUCCGCGUCCCAGCGAAAAUGGCUGCACUCAAAUUGCUCAAAGACUAUACAGACAAAUUCGAAAGAGAACUCACUUGUUCCAUUUGUAAAGAAAUAUUUACMCAUCCCAAGACUCUGUUAUGUCUUCACAGUUUUUGUACACACUGCAUCUUUCACUGGUACAAGACAAGCUGGAAUCGARGAGACCAUCAAAUGGAAUGUCCGAUUUGCAAGACGACGAUGGUUGUGCCAGACGGCGAUCCCAAGAAGCUUCCAUCUUCAUUUUACUUUGACUCUCUAUUACCUUUGCUGCAAGCCAUGAAAACUAGAGCAAACCAACCAGGGUUAUCGGAUGGUGUUUGCGGUGAACAACCGCAAGUCUUGGAUUCAUUGUGUGCGCAGUGCAAUGGCUUGAUAUGCGAGAGAAUUCAAAGAGAGAUAGCCAUGGCAGAGAGGGACGUUGAUAAUGUGGUUGAAAUGAUUUGUAAGAUGGCCAAAGAACACGGAAUAGCGAAGAAGGAGGAACUGAAGCAGACGCUCCAGGAACUAACAACAGCAAAUCAUGAAGARCAAACGGGAAUUGAAACAAGAUUAAAAGAUCCAGAUGAAUUGGUGCAACAUUGCCGAGCACUGUUGGAGAGAGAUGUAGCAUACGAGGAAAUAGAAAGUAAGCAAAUGAUUAAAGAAAGAARUCAUAUGUCAUCAGAAGCUGCUUCGAUCUUGUGCAGUCAGCCAAUCAAGCGUAACGUGACAAUACGUUGCUCCGUGAUAGAGCAAGUCAUGCAAUCACUGCUAGAGAUCGGCAGGAUUGUGAAGAAUUUGACGGACCCUGCUCGAUCAACAAUUGAAUUAUUGAAAACCCCUCGUGGUUUUAUAAACGAGUGCAAGAUAAUCACCAGGAAUACAGAGGGAGAAGUGUGUCCCACAAGAAUCGAGUCUAUUGAUGUUAGAAUCAAAGAUGUGGAGGGCAAUGAGGUGGAAAAGAAAGUGUCUGAAGAGCAAACUGGAAAAUGCCGUGUGAGUUUUAAGCCACAAAAAAGUGGACGGCACGAAAUUCAGGUGAAUAUUGGAGGAGAAAGGAUCAAGAACUCGCCUCAGAAUGNNUCGAACCCACGACCUUCGGAAUUGAUAUUAUCUUCUACUAUUUCAUUAGUGCCACGCGGUCCACAUACUCUCAGGAAUACAGAGGGAGAAGUGUGUCCCACAAGAAUCGAGUCUAUUGAUGUUAGAAUCAAAGAUGUGGAGGGCAACGAGGUGGAAAAGAAAGUGUCUGAAGAGCAAACUGGAAAAUGCCGUGUGAGUUUUAAGCCACAAAAAAGUGGACGGCACGAAAUUCAGGUGAAUAUUGGAGGAGAAAGGAUCAAGAACUCGCCUCAGAAUGUAGAGAUACUCGAUGUGAAAGAGUUGUUUAAACCUGUGAAAACAUUUGGAGAAAAGGGAAGUGGUAGAGGACAGUUGUGCAAACCAUAUUCGAUAGCAGUCAGUGACAAUGGAGAGAUAGCCAUUGCUGAUGGUUAUAAUCACCGUAUUCAAAUAUUCAAUCUUGAUGGAAGCUAUUUACACGUAAGAGAGUUUGGCAGGAAAGGAACAGGAGAAGGUCAACUAUUUUAUCCAUUUGGAGUUGCGUUUAAUGAAGACAGAAUAAUUGUCAAUGAUGGUACACAUGGUAAAGGCAGGAUACAAGAGUUUGAUUUGAACGGUACUUAUGUAGGAACGAUCUACAGACAUGACCUGUGGUUUGCACCGCAUGAAAUGUGUGUUAACGAUAAUAAAAACAUCGCAGUGUGCUGUUGGGGAAAACAAGAACUGGGUAUCAAACCAAGUAUCAAGGUGUUCAGUAAACAAGGABAUUUAGUUCAUGAGUUUGAUAUGCCUGAUAAUAAUGAACGGYCUUGGUACAUCACCUAUGGUAACGGGAAAUACUUUGUAUCUUAUUGGAACAUAAACUAUGUUCGUGUUUUUGAUGUGAAUGGAGUUUUCUUGUACAAGUUUGGAGAAGAGGAAGAAAGAGACGGUCAGUUUAAUGGUGUAUGUGGACUGGCUGUUUAUGGUCCAGACAUGAUUCUUGUCUGUGAUGGUUAUAAUCACCGUGUUCAACUGUUCACACAAGAAGGUCAGUUUAUAAGGUCAUUUGGUAGUCGUGGUUCAGGUGUUGGUCAGAUGAAUGUCUAA